AUGAAUGCUAAAUUUUUAAUCUUCUUCAUCGUGUCUAUUACAUUAUGGGAAAUAACAAAAGCACAUGUUAUUAAAGAUCAAGAAUUAGUGACUGUUGUUGAUCAAUCUACUCCUGUCGUUGUCGAUACUUUACCUAGCAGUGAUGACACUGUAUCUUCAGUAAUUACAACAAAUGAAGAGGAAAAAUUAUCUGUACAAUUAGUUGAAGAAGAAAAAAAUGACACAUCAAAUAUUCAAGUUGAUGGUGAUGAUUUCAAUAGACAAAAUAAUGAAGAAUACAAUUUAACGUCGACAGUAGAUGCUGACAAAGUUGUCUCGGGACCUUUAAAUGAUAACAAGGACGUUGAUGAAAUAUUCUCAACACAUUUAAAUGAUACCAAGGACGUUGACAGCGUCAAAUCAACCAUGGAAGAAGACGAAAAGGAAACAAUGCUGGAAGAUGCACAACAAUCAUGUAAUGCAAAUGAAGAAGAAACAACAACAUCAACUACUGAUAGACCUUCUCAAGUUGAGGAUGUAGAUGAAGAGGAACAAGAUGAUGUAGUAACAAAUGAAGAUGAUCAUGAUAAUGUUGAUUAA